UUGUGGUGUGAUGUGAUUUAACAGAGACGUGAGGAGCAGUUAUGAGUUUAACAGCAGCAGCGAGUGGAUUUGUCAUCUUCCCUCUCUCUGUACAAGUGAUACAGGGUCAGGAUGACUGGGGAGUGACUUACACCUCUACUAAGAUCUGUGCUGUAAAAGGAUCAACAGUGGAAAUACACUGCAGCUACACAUACCCAUCCAGAAUAAUGGGCAGUGAUACUACAGUUGAGGAAACAUUCUGGUUUACUAACAUGAACGGGAAUGAACCUGUGGAUCUGAGAAAAGACCCACAGUGUGCAGGUCGUGUGCAGGAUCACUGUGAGAACAACAUUUGCACUCUGAGAAUCACAGACCUGAGAGAGAGCAACUCAGCUGUGUACAAGUUCAGGUUCAUAACAAACCAAGCCAUUGGUUACACUGGUUCACCUGGAGUCACUUUGUCUGUCGCAGGUCUCCAGGUGCAGGUGAGCUCACAUGUUGCCUUUGUGGAGCAGAGGUGUCAAAGCAGUUGUCCUGAAGAUACUUUUUACGUCUGGUAUAAAAAUAAGCAGAAAAUUGGUACAGGAAUUACUUAUUACUUGGCCGUCAUUAAUCCUGCAGACACCUAUUACUGCGCUGUAAAAGGAAAUGAGAAUUUCCCCUCUCCUUCAGUAUGUAAGUUUACUCCUCUGUGUCACUACACUGAACUUACAUUACAAUUACAACUUCAGACAUAGCCUCACUGAAUUCUUUUAAAUCUUAAAGUAGGCGCAAAAGUAUUAUUUAUAGACACAAAAAGCUGAGUUACUACCAAUAAAAAACAGAUGCAUUCAGGAAUACUUCAGUCAGAAGAGAUUUCAUUGAGAGUGAAAAAUAAUG